AUGGUCAAGUUAAAGAAAGUAAGCAAGAGGCAAACCCUAAAACAGAAAUAUGCCAUUAUAAAAAAAGUUGCAGCUCAUAAGAGGAAAUUAAAAAAAAUUAUAAAAAAAACAAAUAUUCAUAAUAGAAGGACUACGAAAAGGUCAUUAAAAAUUCCAGAAUGUAUAUUUAAGAAAAAUAUACUGAAUAACAUAAAAUUAUUGUCUUUAAAUAAAAAAAACAAAAACAAAGAGGAAGAAAAGUGUAAAGAAGUUAAAAUAGAUUAUUAUGAUGACUGUACUUUGAAAAAUGUGAAAUAUCAAUUAGAUAUGUUAUCAAAAGGAGAUGAACAGGGUAUCCUUAGUGAAAAUGUAAACAAAUACGCUGCUGACAAUUUAAACGACGAGGAUCUGUGCAUUACGGAACGUUAUUCAGAAAUAUCAACCUUUUAUGAAUAUCUUGAACUAGAAUUCUGCGAAAAGAUGAAAUUAUUUGAAAAGGCUAAAGGAAAAAGUUACACGAAGUUAAAUGAAAAAUAUAUGUUUAUUGAUAUCUUAUUAGAAGUGAUAAAAAACUGUGAUAUACUGUUUUACCUUGUUGAUGUAAGAAACCCUUUAAUUUAUGUAGACAAAGAUAUAAUUGAUUUCAUACAUUUCUGUAAAAAGGAAGUAAUAAUCGUUUUAAAUAAAUGCGAUUUAGUAGACAAUGCAAUAAUACAACAAUGGUUAGUUUACUUUCGUAAAAAUUUUAUAACAAUCCCUUUCAUAUCUUUUUCUAAGAAAUACCCAAUCUAUUUAGCAAAUAAUAACAAAUCAGCCACAAAAGUAUCAGAAGGAAAUUUUAGUAAUUUAGCUAAUGGUAAUAGCAGUAAAUUAUGUAUAAAAAAUGUUAUAAAAAAAUUCUUUAACAAACAUAUUAAAAUUACUUACGGUGUUAUAGGAAAUAUAUAUACAGGCAGAAGUAGCUUCAUGCAAACCUUAUUAAAUGAGUUUAGUUACCCAAAAAUUAUGCAGAAACAUGUGGAUAUCAACGUUGAUCAUAACAUUAAUAUAUAUACAAAACGUGGACUGAUUUUAAAAAAAAAUUUAAACGGAAUUGAGUUAAUUAAAAAGUUACAUGCACUAAGUCAUAAAGAAAAAUUAACCCUUUUAAGUGACUUUUUAUUAAAUUUAAGUGGAAAAAAUUUUAAAACUAUUUUGAAAAUUUUAAAUGAAGAUAAAAUUCUUGAUAAGUACCAAAAUUCUUUUGUUGGUAUUAAACUGGACAAGGAGCAAAAAAAAGAAAUUAAAAAAGAAAUUAUUCAACAUCUUUUUCUGUCAGAUCAAAAAGAACAUUUAAAGAAAGAUAUUAAUUUUGAUAAUAUGAAAAAGUUAUACAAUAAAAUAUUUUUAAAUAAAGUGCCUUAUUACAUAAUUCCAAAAACGCAAUUAACAUGUGUGAGUUCAAACAAUCACGAUGAAUAUAAUAUUAUCAGACAGUUCGAUAACAUCAAAGAUGAAAUUUAUCACAAAAUUGAUGAAUUUAUAUUUUCUCAAAAAAAAAAAUUUAAAAAUUAUAUCAUUGUCAAAAGUGAUAUGUUUAAUUUUUACAAUUAA